UGGAUAGAUUUGGGAUUGUUCUCAACGAAAACUUUGGUGGAAGCUAAUGCCGACCAUCCAGUCGAGGUGAGAACGCAGUUACAACAACCUCCAGAUGAGAACUGGGACCCGACAUUAAGUCGCCGCGGGUGGGCGUGUAUUUCUCAUCGAUCCAUCACAACGGUUGCCAAGUACGCUCAAUAUCAAGCCUCCACUUUCCAGGAGAGCCUCAAGGAGGAACACGAUAAGAUGACCAGCGGAGGACAUCCGGUUGGAGGUCAUCGCCUAGAUUCCGACUCGGAUUCCAAGGACUCGAUCGGAACGUCGAACCGUGUCGGACUGGGUCUCAAGAAAGGCCGUGGCAAGCACGGCUACAAGACCAUCAAGUUUGGAACCAACGUCGAUUUGUCGGACGAGAGAAAGUGGCGGGCCCAGCUUCAGGAGCUCAUGAAAUUACCGGCCUUUGCACGCGUCGUCUCGGCCAGUAACAUGUUGACGCACGUCGGUCACGUUAUUUUGGGCAUGAACACUGUCCAGCUUUACAUGAAGGUGCCCGGGAGUCGGACGCCGGGACACCAGGAAAACAACAAUUUCUGCUCCAUCAAUAUCAACAUUGGGCCGGGCGAUUGCGAAUGGUUCGGAGUGCCCGAUGCCUAUUGGGGAGCCAUUCACAAUCUCUGCGAAAAGAACAACAUCAGCUUCAGUCAUGGAUCCUGGUGGCCGAUGAUGGAAGACUUGCUGGAAGCCAAUAUUCCAGUCUAUAAAUUUCUGCAGCGACCAGGCGACGUUGUAUGGGUCAAUUCCGGCUGCAUUCAUUGGGUGCAGGCGAUUGGGUGGUGCAACAACAUAGCCUGGAACGUUGGUCCAAUUACUGGCAGGCAGUAUCAGCUAGCUAUUGAUCGUUACGAGUGGAAUAAGCUGCAAAGCUUCAAAAGUAUCGUGCCUAUGAUCCAUUUAUCUUGGAACCUGGCGAGGAACAUUAAAGUGUCCGAUUCGAAACUUUUCGAACUUCUUCGGAACACCCUGAUGAAGACCCUACGUCACACCCAGUUGAUAACUCAAUUUGUGCGCUCCAAAGGAGUCCAGGUCCGCUUCCAUGGCCGGGGCAAGAACGAAGCCUCUCACUAUUGCGGUCAAUGCGAGGACGAAGUCUUCAACAUGCUCUUCAUCAAAGAGCAAGAGAAGAAGCACGUGGUCCAUUGUUUGCACUGCUCGCGCAGGCACAGUCCCAACUUGGAAGGGUUCGUCUGUUUGGAAGAGUAUCACCUUGAAGACCUGAUCGAAACCUAUGAUGCAUUCGUGUUGCAUCCGCUCAAUCCACAAAUACAGCAACCGCCGACGCCAGUGCCCUCGACAUCUGCGACUUCUUUGUUAUCGUGUUGAAAUAUGGAAAAACAAAACCGAUAGCUAUAUAGACUAAAAUGUGUAAUUUUAAUCGUUUUAAAUAUGUUUCAUAACUUGGGCGUCGAAAUCACUGCCACUCGACAGCAGGGACCCUUUUUAUUAUUAUUUUUUUUUAUUAUAUUCUUCUGUCUUAAAUGAAUUUUGGUAGCACGUUCUUUCAUUGGCUCUGCCGCAAUCCUGAAGAAUUUAAAAAAAGAAAAAAAAUUGAUUUUACCCUCCUUUUAUUUUGUGAUAGUUUUCGUCUUUUUAUCCUGUUUUAUUCUUUUUUUAACCGGAUUUGUAUGCUUAUUAUUACCACACUAUAUUUCUACCGAGGCCUAAAUUGAUCAGUUGUAAAAAAAAAUAUUUGGAAUGACUGCCCCUCUGUGUUUGUCGUCCCCACCCCCAUUGAAAAUGUGUCUGCGUGUUUGUGUGUGUGUUGAGAAUCAAUAGUGUUCGAGUGGGAGCCGCGUGUUUGCGGACAUCUUCCGCGUCAUUUUCUUUUUUGUAUUUCAAUUGAAGUUUCGUUUCUAGAUAAGGUCACACACAAAUGGAAUAGCUACCGUUCAGUGUAGUCGAAUCUAUUUCAAUGCCCUGUAUAAGGUCUACCGUAACGAAUUGAAUAAAGAUCUCCCAUCAUG